GAAAACUUAAGAUACUUAUCGUUGAAAGAAAAGGUGAUAAUUAAUAAUAAGAAUAAAAAAAAUCAAAUUUUGGUUUAUAAUUAUCAAUCAAAAUAUAAUAUAAAAAAGAAUCAAUUAAAUAAAUAAAAAAGAAAAAAAAUCAGAAUAAGAUAAUUAUAAAAUCCUCAUAUAAUUCAUUCAUAUUCACAAAUAUUUACUCCAAAAAAAUAGAGUUAGAAAGACAUUUUCAUAAGUGAAUAUUUGAUUAAAUACUGUAAGAAGAUCUCUUAAGGAGCUUAUAUUGAAAUGACAAGUAGAAGCAAAGACACCAUAGGUAUUUAGCUGAAGGAGAAAGGGCGCAAGAGAUUAAUAAAGCCACUAGUCAAAAGUUCUGAAGCUCUUGAAGAUAAGAGCGAUUCAUUCAAAUGCAAGAAAAGACCAUGGAGCGAAGAAGAAGAUUUAUUAGUUAUAAAACUAGUCAAGGAGCAUGGACCUUAGAAAUGGACCUUCAUAGCCACUCAUCUAGAGGGAAGAAUAGGAAAGUAGUGCCGUGAGAGAUGGCACAAUCACCUUAAUCCAAACAUUAAAAAAUGUUCAUGGAGUGAAGAGGAAGAAUGGGUCCUUUAUUUGUUUCACAAAGGUAUUGGAAAUAAGUGGGCUGAAAUAGCUAAGUACAUAAUCGGACGUACUGAUAAUUCCAUUAAGAACCAUUGGAAUAGCGGGAUGAAAAAACGCCUAGAUGACUAUGCACGCAAAUUAAUAAAUGUGAGAGAAAUAUUUGCUGAAGUUGGAGAAAGCUACUUUGAUAGAGUAUCUCUUCCAGGUGAAAAAAAGGCUUUAGAAAUUUUACUCUUAAAUAAAUAAUAUGUUCCCAGUGAUUGUGAUGAAGACGAGGAAGAUGAUGAAGAAGAUGAGCAAAGUUAAGAAGAUAAUUAAAAUUUUGUCAAUACUUCUACUAAUUAAAACAUCAACAACAAUAACAGCUCUAAUAAUAAUAAUUCUCGCAAUAAUCCCAUAGUUAAUAGCUCUAAGGAAUCAACUUUGAAAGAAGAUACUGAUAAUUCCUAGAAAACCAAAGAAAAACACUCAGUAAAUAGUAAAGCAUAAGUAAAUCCUUUUAGCUGGACUAAAACUGAAGAUGAAGGUAUAGAAAAAAAUUCAUCCACUGUAAAAAAAAUCCAACCUAUUCCUUAGUUACUCAAGCACUCAUAAUCUUUAUAGCCAACUCAAACUACAGCUGUUUUAGAUAAAGAAAAUACCACUUUUACCCCUAAGUCAAACCAAAUUAACACUUAAUAAUAAAAUACUAACUUAAGUAGCUAUUCUUAAAUCCUCAAAGAAAACAAGAGCGAAACCAACAAAUAACGUGCAGAUAAAAAGAGUUUAAGAUAACUAAGUCCUUCUAUCAAAGAAGAUCCCAAGAAAAAGUUAAAAUUAGAGGAAACGAGCCCUACCGAAUUUGCAGAUAAAGCAAAAAAAAAUUAAAGUUAAAAAGAAAAUAUUAACCCAUAGAAUUGUAAAAUAGAAAGCCAUGAUAGCAUUAAAGGAGAUUCAGAUCGAAUUGAUGGAAAAAAUAAAGAAUACGGCUGCUACUAAGAGAUAAAGUAGGAACAUAUAAAGGAUAAUUAAUAUUACAAUUACUGUGAAGAGAGUUAAUAAUUAAACCCCAAUUAAUAGUAUUAGAAUACUUAAUUACAGAAUGAAGAUAAGCCAUAUCCGUAUUAAAUUUAUGAUGGAUAAUAACCUGGUCCAUAUGCAGGCUACCCAAGUGGCUAUCACCCAUAUCCUCUACACAGAUCUUAAUCUUUAAACGGAUAUAUUGCUCCACCUCAAUCAUCGUAAAUAUAGUAAUAGUGCUAUUCAAGCUUAUAUACUCCUGUAAAUGCCUAAUAAAAUGUAAAUGGUGCUCAUUUCCCUCAUCAUGGCUAAGUUUAUAAUCCCUAUAGUCAUGUAUAGGCCUAUAAAUAUGACCCUCACUAUUACUCUCAUUACUAACCAAUGAACUUUAUGUAUUACCCUGCUGCUCAUCCUAACUAAUCUUAAAGUGGAUAUCCUUAAUAGCCAUAUCCAUACUAUAAAGAUUAUUAGUAUCCUAAAGGAUAGUAACCUUAAAUCGAAUAGUACCCUAAAGGAUAAUAGCCUCACAGUGAAAGCGCUAACCACAAUCGCUAAUCUACAUAUCCAGUACAACCAUCAACCUAAAAUUAUUAUAAUAAUGCUUCCUCUAAAUAUUAGCAGCCUGUAGGUUAAAAUCAUAGUAAAAAAGAAAAACUAAACCUACAUAAAUCAAUAUCCAUGCCAUCUCAAUCAGAUUCUCAAUACAUUUAAGAAUUUAAUUCAAACUGUAAAAACGCAAGUCAUCUCAAUAAUGAUGCUAAAAAAUAAAAUAAAGAAAAUUAGGAAGAAUAGUCUAAUAGAAACAGAGCAGACACCAAAAGCACAAUCUAUUCAUAGUAAAUGUAGUCUACACAAUAAUCUAAGAAUAACCAAAAAGAAUAUAUGGAUAUGAAUUUCAUGUAGUCAGAGUAAAAGAAUAAUUACUUGAGCAGCUUAAAUAGCGAUUUUAAAUGUAAGCAACUUGUAUCUUCUCCUUUUUAGUCUAAGAGAGCCUCUGUUAUGAGUGAAUGCCUUUAAAGUAGUGGAAAACAAAGCGAAGAAGAUGAUUUAGAAUCUGACAAUGAUCAAAAAGUUUAAAGAAAUUUCACUAACUAAAUCGCUUUUCCAGGCAUCAGCGGUCUUAAUUCUUAGGUGAAUAAUUAAAACUUAGGCAUUAAUUAUGAAAGCCCUUCAAAAAUGCUAAAUUUAUCAGAAAGAGUGAUGCUGAAAACUCUGAGCUCAAAUAAGCAAUACAUUUACAAUAUGAAUUCCAAUAUCAAGUAUCCAGCUAAUAGGUCUAGCAUAAACCCACUUAAUUUAAACUCUCUUUUUAACCAAGAAGAUGAAUUUUUUAAUGAAAACAGUCAACAAUUAAUUUGA